UGGCAAACAUUUAAUAGCCAUUGCUUUGCGAUAACAAGCGUUUGAAUCGACUUUUAAUUGCAAUUAUUUUUUGGUCCAAACAAUCGAUAAAUGACUGGAUUUUUGUGGAAAUUAAAAAUUUCACGAAUGCUUUGAAUUGAAGUGCCUUUAAGUUCACACAAUUGUAUCAUUAUUUCGCAAUUAUCUACCAUUUAAUGACAUUUUGACCGUUGAUUGGCUUUGAAAUCGAUUGAAGACAUGUCUGAAGAGCUGGAAUUGGCUCAACUGGAACUGUUGUGCAAACAGUUAUAUUCGGCCACCGAUUCGAGUGAACGCAAUAAAGCGGAGACCACUUUAGCGCUGUUGACGUCUUCGCCGACCUGUCUCUCCAAAUGUCAACUUCUCUUAGAGAGAGGAGAUUCCUCUUACGCGCAACUGUUGGCCGCAACCACUCUAACCAAACUCGUGACCAGAAAUCCCAACAUAUUAUCACUUCAACAACGAUUGGAUAUAAGGAAUUAUAUAUUGAAUUAUUUGGCAUCGCGUCCCAAAUUAGCACCAUUUGUGACACAGGCUUUGGUCCAACUCUUCGCUCGCAUCACAAAACUCGGAUGGUUUGAGUCCGACAAAGAAGAGUUUGUCUUCAGGAAUGUCAUCCCACAAGUCAGACCUUUCCUACAGGGAUCCGUUGAUUAUUGUAUAGUCGGAGUCCAACUAUUAUCUCAACUCACGUGUGAAAUAAAUCAAAUCAGUGGUUCGGAUGCGAGCCGUUCGAUAACAAAGCAACGAAAGAUCGCCUCUUCAUUCAGAGAUAACCAUUUGUACGAAACGUUUCAAUUGGCACACGAUUUGUUGAGACGAGCGCUUCAGAGCUGGAAAAGCACUAAAUUCAUUGAUGAGACUCAACAGACUUUGGUCAGCAAUCUUCUACGGCUGGCACUCAAUUGUCUUUCCUUUGACUUCAUCGGCACGUCUCCGGACGAGUCUUCAGAUGAUUUGUCGUGUGUGCAAAUCCCUACGAGUUGGAGACCAGCUUUUCUUGACUUCAAUACAUUACAACUUUUCUUUGAUCUCUUCCAUUGUUUGCCACAAUCUUUGGCCCCAAUUGCCCUCUCCUGUUUGGUUCAGUUCGCGUCCGUUCGCCGCUCUUUGUUUAAUAACACAGAAAGAGCCAAAUUUCUUAUGCAACUCGUGUCUGGCGUUCGCAAUAUCUUAGAGAACCCGUCGGGUCUGUCAGAUCCCGGAUGUUAUCACGAGUUUUGUCGGCUUUUAGCUCGUCUUAAGUCAAACUAUCAAUUGAGUGAAUUAGUCAAAGUAGAAGGAUAUCCAGAAACUAUAGCUUUAAUCACAAAGUUUACGGUAACAAGUCUUCAGAUGUGGCAGUUCGCGCCCAACUCUAUUCACUAUCUGUUGAGUUUAUGGCAACGAAUGGUUGCAUCCGUUCCUUACGUCAAGGCUUCUGAACCGCAUUUACUCGAGACCUAUACGCCAGAAGUGACUCGAGCUUACAUUACAUCCCGAUUGGAAUCAGUUAGUGAUGUGGUUAGGAAUGGUUUGGAGGACCCGUUUGAUGACAUAGGGAUGGUUCAGCAACAGUUGGACCAAUUGUCUACUAUAGCCCGGUGUGAAUAUGAAAAGACCUGUUCCCUAAUUGUGCAGCUCUUUGACCAAUCGGCUCAAGCAUAUCAAGAACUGUUGCAAACGUCAGUCCUCUCGCAGAUAGACGUCAACAUACAAGAGGGUCGCCUAACGUGGUUAGUGUACAUCAUUGGUGCGGCCAUUGGGGGCAGAAUAUUCCUCAACAGCACUGAUGAACACGACGCCAUGGAUGGAGAACUUGCCUUUCGUGUACUCCAACUCAUGAAUUUCACUGAUGCCCGACUCGCACAGGGAGGUUCGUGUAAAAAGCUGGAACUGGCAAUGCUUUCGUUCUUCGAACAGUUCCGUAAGAUCUAUGUCGGAGAUCAGGUCCAGAAGACAUCAAAGGUUUACAGACGACUAUCCGAAGUGUUGGGUCUCACCGAAGAAACUAUGGUUUUAAGUGUUUUUGUUAGAAAAAUAAUUACAAAUUUAAAGUAUUGGGGAAACAGUGAUCUAAUUGUGACAAAAACACUUCAAAUACUCAAUGACUUAUCUGUCGGCUAUAGUAGUGUCAGAAAACUGGUUAAAUUAGAAGAAGUGCAGUUCAUUCUCAACAACCAUACGAGCGAACACUUCCCGUUUUUAGGCAGUUCUGCACAAAUUAAUGAUAUGCGCUGUCGAUCAACGCUUUACACGUCUUUGGGUCGACUCCUUAUGAUAGAUCUCGGAGAAGAUGAGGAAAAGUUUCUCAAUUUUAUGAAUAGUUUGACGGCCGCUUUCGAUGCGUUGGCACAGCUCCUGAAGUCUAACUCCAUGUUUAAUGUUGACGAAGCAAAGAAAGCACUGAUCGGUUUGGCGCGAGAUCUCAGAGGUUUAGCGUUUGCCUUCAAUACUAAGACAAGUUUUAUGAUGUUAUUUGAAUGGAUAUAUCCGGCGUAUACACCAAUACUUCACUCGGCAAUUGAGCUCUGGUAUCACGACCCACAAGUGACAACACCUGUCCUCAAAUUGAUGGCAGAAUUGGUCCAAAACAGGUCUCAAAGACUACAGUUUGACGUCUCGUCUCCAAACGGAAUAUUACUUUUCCGCGAAACGAGUCGAAUGGUUGUUAAUUAUGGCACUCGUAUUCUCACUCUCGGAGAUAUACCUAAAGACCAAAUCUAUCCAUUGAAAUAUCCUUUUCAUCGGAUAUCGAUAUGUUUUUCAAUGCUUAAGUCAGCUCUUUGUGGCGGUUAUGUAAACUUCGGUGUCUUUCACUUGUAUGGCGACACAGCACUGGACGACGCACUCAACACUUUUAUUAAUUUAUUGUUAUCAAUACCUCAAACAGAUUUAUUGAAUUACCCGAAACUGAGUCAAACCUAUUAUGUAUUGUUGGAGUGCUUAGCACAGGAUCACAUGAACUUUUUGGCCAAUUUAGAGCCCAAUGUCUUUCUCUAUAUCCUGUCGUCGAUAUCUGAGGGUCUGAACGCUUUGGACACAAUGGUGUGCACCGGUUGUUGCGCAACACUCGACCACAUCGUCACCUAUUUGUUCAAAUGGUUGUCAAAGACGACUAAAAAGCCGAAGCAAACGGGUUUAGUGCGUGAAAGUGAAACGUGUCUCAAAGUACUGGAACUACAGCCAGAAAUACUCCAACAAAUGCUGUCAACCAUUUUGAAUAUAAUUAUGUUCGAGGACUGCAGGAACCAGUGGUCAAUGAGUCGACCCCUUCUGGGACUCAUUCUGUUGAAUGAGGAGUAUUUCAAUCAAUUGAGACAAAGCAUUAUAAGUCAACAGCCGUCUGACAAACAGUCUUCGAUGGCCCAGUGGUUCGACAAUCUGAUGGAAGGCAUUGAACGGAGUCUACUUACCAAAAAUCGUGACCGGUUUACUCAGAAUUUGUCUGUAUUUCGACGCGAUAUCAACGACUCGCUGAAAGGGCCGGCUUUGGCCAACUCUUGUGCCACUAUUGGCGGCUCAGCUGACAAUAUGAUGAGUUGA